AUGGCUUCCAAUAAUGACGACGUUGAGAAUUCAGGCGCUGGCGAGCGGACACCGAUGCUUGGGAGAUCAUCGCGUCAACGCAUCCCGGCUGAUGAGGACGACGACACAUGGACGAUUACACACAUCUUGGACUUCUUCGGUGGGGGCAUAUACGCACCCAAUCCAUCAACUUACGAUCCCAUUAGGAUCAUACUCAACGAAGACGAUAGGCGCAAGGACAGCCUUACCGCUCGCUGGAGAGACAACAAGCUCAGCGAGUUGAACUUCGUUGGUAUUGUGGCUGCUCUCUUGGCUGGCGUUCUUACAUCUACUGGAAGCUGGCCCAACAUCCUUCCAAACGGCGAAGAGUCGCCGUGGUCUGUACGCACAUCUUGGUACUGUGGCAUCAUUCUCUCGCUCUUCAGCAUUCUAUCAGCUGCAGACCAGACGGUGCGGCUACAUCGCCUUUCCUCUCACCGCGAUGGGCUUGAACACAUUCGCAGACUCCUCGCGAACAACGGAGGCAAUCCCUCACCGAAGAGCGGUAAUCUUCGACCCAGUCUAGUUCAGAUCAUGACGUGGCAGAUGCCGGUCAUGUUCUUGACAAGCGCUACUAUCUGUAUGAUCGUGGGCAUGUUCCUGCAUGUCUGGUCAGCACGACACAUCUGCAGAGCCCGAGUCUAUGGGACGACAACACGAAGGUCGCCAUCACCUACACCGUCGUUGCAGUGACUGCCAUUAUCAUCUUCUUCGUGGGUCAGGUCUCACUUUACUCGUCGGUGCGGAGAUAAUUUAUGCUCCCCGACUCUUCACUUUCAUUGUCGUCCAGCAAGAUUACAGGGCUUCCCUGUUUAGCCAGGCUGGCUGUAGUCUCGGAACACCGGCACUUACGAUCGACAUGGCAUUCAAUAUGCCGAAUGAUCGCACAUAGCAGUAUGCAUAGUGGAGAGGAAUACUUGGCAACCGGCUUGGCAUUUCAUCUAAACUAGCCUAGGGGCGUGUUUUCCACCAACCACAUACUACCAAC